GGUGGUAAAGGAGGAGAUCUCAGAUGACAAUGCAAAGCUCCCUUGCUUCAAUGGAAGAGUGGUGUCCUGGCUGGUCCUGGCUGAAAGCUCCCACUCUGACACUGGCUCCCAGUGCACCGAGAGCCACACAGACCUUCCUCCUCCCAUCGAGAGAACCGGUGGCAUUGGAGACUCCCGACCUCCCUCUUUCCACCCUAAUGCUGCCAGCAGCCGGGAUGGCCUGGACAAUGAAACAGGGACAGAGUCAGUUAUCAGCCACCGGCGAGAGAGGCAUCGGCGGAGAAACAGAGAAGGGCACGAGGAUGUCCCUCGGAUCAAUGGCCAUCCAAAACUGGACCGGCACCGUGAGCACCCCCCUGGCUAUGACAGCUCUUCAACCAUGAUGAGCAGUGAGCUGGAAUCCAGCAGCUUCAUUGACUCUGAUGAUGAUGACAACACAAGCAGGUUGAGUAGCUCCACUGAGCAAAGUACUUCAUCCCGGCUCAUUCGGAAGCAUAAACGCAGGAGGAGGAAACAAAGGAUGCGGCAGAUUGACAGGUCGUCUUCGUUCAGCAGCAUCACUGAUUCCACCAUGUCCCUAAACAUCAUCACUGUCACCCUCAACAUGGAAAAGUACAACUUCCUGGGAAUCAGCAUUGUAGGACAGAGCAAUGACCGGGGUGAUGGUGGCAUAUACAUCGGCUCUAUUAUGAAAGGAGGAGCUGUGGCAGCAGAUGGCCGAAUUGAACCAGGAGACAUGCUUCUGCAGGUGAAUGAUGUCAACUUUGAGAACAUGAGCAACGAUGAUGCAGUUCGGGUGUUACGGGAAAUAGUCUCCAAACCAGGACCUAUCAGCCUAACAGUAGCCAAAUGCUGGGACCCUACUCCCAGGAGUUAUUUCACCAUCCCCAGGGCUGAACCAGUGAGGCCAAUUGACCCUGCAGCAUGGAUCUCUCAUACCACAGCCAUGACGGGAGCGUACCCCCGUUACGGUAUGAGCCCCUCCAUGAGCAUCACCACAUCUACCAGCUCCUCACUAACAAGCUCAAUUCCCGAGUCGGAAAAAUUAGAAGAAUCUCCCCUAACUGUGAAGAGUGACAUGGCUACUAUUGUCAAGGUGAUGCAGCUACCAGACUCAGGCCUUGAAAUUCGGGACAGAAUGUGGUUGAAAAUUACCAUCUCCAAUGCAGUGAUAGGAGCAGAUGUGGUUGACUGGCUUUACACACACGUGGAAGGCUUCAAAGACCGACGGGAGGCACGAAAAUAUGCCAGCAGCAUGUUAAAACAUGGCUACCUCAGGCACACUGUGAACAAAAUCACCUUCUCAGAACAGUGCUAUUACGUCUUUGGAGACCUCUGUGGCAAUAUGGCUGCACUGAACCUUAACAAUGGUUCCAGCGGAGCCUCAGAUCAGGAUACCCUUGCUCCACUUCCACAUCCUGCUGCUCCCUGGCCAUUAGGCCAAGGAUACCCCUAUCAGUAUCCUCUGCCCCCUCCGUGUUUUCCACCAGCGUACCAAGACCCAGGCUUUAGCUAUGGUAGCGGCAGUGCAGGGAGCCAGCAAAGUGAAGGUAGUAAGAGUACUGGGACAUGA